AUGGACGCACCAACCCACUUCAACGAUGUCACAAACCUAGCCGCUUCUCCACGCAAUAGCGCCGCUCACCGCCAAGAAGCCAGCAUGUCGAAUCAUUCUGCUCAAGGCGAAGCUGCCCAGCAGAGUCACACGAGCGGCACGCCGGACGCAAGCUACGAUGACGGCUCGCAGCACCUGCUCAUGAAGCAAAAUCAAGCAGACCUCGCAACUUUCGGGACUCCGAUUCUUGACGGCAGCUCUGGGCCCAAAGAAGCGGAUGGCUGUAACGCGGCCGUUUCCAACGACGGUGGCCGCAUCCACAACGUCGAUGCAUCCUGCCACCCCCGGCAGCUCGACAUGAGCGCACCGCUCCGACAGGCAAAUGCUCCAUUCCAAGGCCCUCACGCUUCUUCCCUCGAGCAAGAGAUCGGUGCAGCGCUUCAUACGCAGAUGGGCAACGUGCAGCAGUCCCCUGCCACACACGAGCACUUCUUCUCCCCUGCAGACGGCCAACGAGAUGCACAGAUGGCCCAGGACCGAUCUCAUCAAGAGCUGAUGCAGUUAAAGACCGAGCCUGCCAGCUUUGCCGAUCAGCAGCAUCAAGUCAAGUCGUACCCGCCAUCGCCACCCAGACGGAACCAGAUGAUCCCGCAAGCGGAGCCGCGAUCCUUCCAAGCUGGUGUGCGAUCCACCGAGGGUCGCCACAUGAUCUCGCAUCGUCCAAGCCACAGCCUCGGCCAGGCGGGUGCAUUCAUGUCUGGCAUACCUGACCGCGAUAUGUUUGGGCACAGCCACGUCAGCGCGCCCGUCUCUCCCUCUGACGGUAUGAACUCAAGCACCUUCGCAGCCUUGUUUCAGUAUCCGGGCGCUCGCCACGAAGUGGGUCUCGGUAUGACCGAGCAUGGCCACAUGUUCGAUCAGAGCGUGGCCCCAGGCAUCUCGCGUUCCAUUGGGCACUUGCCAAAGUCCUGCGCUCCCUCGGUCCGUUCCGCGUCGCCCUCAACCAGCAUGGCAUCAACAUCGAUGGCGUCCAUCUCUCCCUUGGGAAGCGCUCGCAUCAACGCCGACGGCUCCUUCACUUCGCAGGAGACUUCCUUCGAUAGCAUCUCCAACGCCGCCUCCGGCUCCUUCAGCCGGGCCUCCUCCACGUCCGAAGAAGCCUUCUAUCAAGAGCUGGGCUCGCUCGGCCUCGCCUCGUCUUUGCGCAUGACCAAGCAGAAGAAGAAGCUGCGCAACAUUGAUCGCAAGAUGAUUUGCGAUUUCUCGAUCGCGAACCCUCUGGUCAAGCAGGAUGCCAUCGCCAACGAAUUCGGCAUCGAGCGCAGCACCGUCAGCAAGAUCCUCAAGCACAAGGACAAGUGGCUGGCAAUCGACCCGCAAAGCGACGCAGCGCACAUCGCCAAGCACAGAGCCGUCAAGUUUCCUGCUGUCGAAGACCGCCUCACCAGCUGGGUCGCUGCGCUCAAAGCCCGCGGCGAGCCUGUGCGCGACUCGAUCAUCCGACAGGAAGCUCUGCGCAUCGCGCGCGAGCUUGGUCUCGGCGAGGACAAGUUCAAAGCUUCCGGCGGCUGGAUCGAGAAGUUCAGAGAGCGCAACAUGAUCCCCAAACCUCAGCUUAGCGAUGCUGCGAGCGCAACGUCGGGCACGGGUGCAGAUGCCGCGGAGCUGGAUGCGUCUUCUUGCGACGGCGGAUCGUCGCAUCCGACAGCUUGCGCCGAGGCGUCGAAGGAGGCCUCAGUCAUGACACCGGGCGGUGCAGCGGAAGCGGGAAGCAGCACCAGUGGCCAGUCGCGAAGCGUUCGACGCCAGCCUGCGCGGGCAAGCAAGGCAAAGGGCACUCCUCAGAAGCGCACCCGAGACGAUACAGAGAGAACACAAGCCAUCUUGGGCAUGUCGCCUCUAAGCCACGACCUGGCCCGCAUGCACUUCCACAAUGGCGCACCCAUUCCGCUCAUGCCAGAGCCUGGCUUCUUUCGACCCAACUUUUACGAGACUCAUCCAGCUGCCUCUCAGUUCAUGACGAACAGCAAUCUCAUGUACGGCGGCCAUUGCGUCUCCCCCACGAUGCAGCCCAUGGAGGAUCAGGACGAAUCCGAACGCAAGCGCAGGCGUUCCGGGCAGCACUUUGAUGCCGGACAUGCGUCCAUGAUGCUGGAUGCCCCAAUCGAGUUCCAGUUCCCCGCGGCUGGCGCCUCCGCCCUGUCUCCUUUGGACGGCCUGCCCGGUGCUGCUCCUGACGGUCAGGCACAGUCCGAUGUGGGCCUACAGACCACAAGUCCUCGGAGUCGUCGCACUGUCGCCAAAUCCACCGCUGCAAGUGGCGGACGUGGCCGCGCACGCCGUGGCAAGGGUCGUCUUUCGGGCGCAAAUCAUACACCUCAGACCCCUUCGCCCCUGUCGAUGUCGCCCACCGACGCUCGAGGAGAGGCAGUUCUGCCGAGGUUCAAUGCAGCUGACGCCGAGCAGAUCACGGCAGCCACGCUGGAGCGCAUCCGCGAGCUACAGAGCUCUGGUGACAAGUCGUCGAUCGUAACAGCGGAGCAGGCGCAACAGUCGUUGGAGCUGGUACUGCGCUUCCUGAGCGAACAGCCGAGCGACUUUUUGCCCGCCAACCACUUUGUCGUCUUCGGCCACUUGCAGGCCAACAUCGAACAGAAGAUCCGAGACCAGGCCAAGCAGAGCCCUGCUGCCGCCGACGGUCCUGCCUCGCAAUUUCCUGCACCUGGUGCCUCCGCAAAUGCGGAGGCGACCUCUGCCACCCUUGGCGACGACAUGAACAAUAUGCCUCCAAGCUGCGCCUAG